CACAUUGCUGCGCGUUCACGAGUCGUAUCCUGACUGAACUUGUGGAGCAGGAGUGGAGAAGUUUGAAGAGCCAGAUUCAGACUUCUUAAACAGUCGAUACGGUCGCUAGAAAGAAAACUCAGGCCGGUCCCAACCAGGUAGUCACCAUGGACGAUUUGGAUGCACUGCUAGCAGACCUAGAAUCUACAACAUCCCACAUCUCGAAGCGACCGGUCUUCCUGCCUGAUGAGACCCCCUACUCCAUCCCAACGGGCGGAUUCCCUAACCAAGAUGUGUCUGUGCCACCUCCAGUUCCGCCUCCACCUUCAGCUGAUGCUCUAAAUGGCUCCCUGGCAGAUCAACCAGACUCCCACCACUCCUCUCAACAGUCUUUAGGUUCGGGCCAUAAGAGCUCAUGGUCCAGGGACAGUAGCAGUUCUCCGCUCUCACACAUCGAAGAGGACCACGUUUACAGUUUUCCUAAUAAACACAAGACGUCAGACUUGUCUCCAGCAGCCAUGACCUCUGCCCUGGGCAGUAACCUCUCGGAGCUGGACAGGCUUCUGCUGGAGCUUAACGCUGUGCAGCAGAGCUCCCCUUCCUUCCCCACUACAGAGGAGGCAGCUCCUCCCCUGCCAUCUUGCAGUAUCACCCACUAUGAGAAUGGCGGCGCUCCUGACAUCCUUGUUAGCCCCCCACUUCAAGAAAAACCAAAAAGGAAUGGAAUGAGGCUGGAGGAAGCUCAGCCCCUGGUGGAGAGUCUGCUGGAGGGUUCAGGUCUUUCACCCAGCUCUUCCACAGGACACAAUGAUUUGGACACAUCAUCUCAACAACAAACAAGAAUGUCGGCUUCUUGUGCAACUAGAGAGUUAGAUGAACUGAUGGCUUCUUUGUCUGACUUCAAGCCCAGUUCUUUGGGCUUUCUGCCAGACCAAGCAGGGACACCAUCCACCUCUCACCAUUCUCCAGCACCUUCUUCCAUCACCCCAGUGGCUUCUUCUUCUCUUAGUCUUCCCCACCCACCUGUCUGUUCUUUCCUCCCUUUAUCUGCUGGUUUUGAGUUGCACAUAGAUGAAGAUGGAAAAGAUUGUGGCUCAGUGAUGCCUCAUCCGAGCCUUCUUGGUCCCCAUAGUCCCAGUUCGUCUUUUUCUGCUGCCAGUGACAUAGACCUGGACUCUGUUAUAGAUGUCUCUGCCACCAUGCUGUCAUCCCAAACAAAGUCCCUGCUCGUCCUCUGUCAGUCCGCUCCCUCUAAUUCCAGCUUGUUAGGAAAUAGCCCCAGCCUUUCAAAUAUCACUACUCCCUCACUUACCUCUGUUAACACUGUCCUGGAGCACAAGACCCCCACAUCCCCCAGUCCAUCUGCAGAGCGACUUUCACCCUCUGUCAGUAAAGUGUUCUGUGCUUCUGAGUGUAUCGGCCAGCGGCCUGCUUGUUUUCUUGACCAUGACUUUGAUUUCACCUCUCCACCUCUUUCAAAAAGCUGCACUCCUCCUCUCUCAACUCCUUCACCCUUGUCUGCUGCUGGGUCUGCAUCUCAAUCUUCUCUGCACUUUCCAUCAAAACCAUAUUCACCAUCUGCAGUCUCUCCGCUGAUGAUUCCCUCUCCACUGAUCUUCACCAGUACCAGUAGGCAGCUUUCAGAAGUGUCUCCUGGAGUCCAGAGAGACACUCCCCUCACUUUACAACAACCCACUGCAGUGGAGCCGUCUCUUGACGAGGCCCUAGAUAAGCUUUUAGCGAUGAGUUUUGCACAAAGUCACGCAUCACAUCUGGAGGAACAACUAGAGAAGAUGGAGGCUCACUCUCUCGACAAAGAACUGCAGGAGGUGCAAGAGGAGCUGAUCCUGCCCAUGGACAGAAGGUGUAUUCAACCCGACACUUUCACUAGCACCACCAACACCAUCACAGAAGACUCAAUAGACAUUGGAACUGAUGGGAAUGGAGACCUAGACUGGGCUGAUGAGGAGCUGUCCAUGUCCCUACAUGAUGGACUGGAUGGCACCAUGACACCUUUCACCGAGAGGCUGUAUACAGAUGGCAGUAUGACUCCACUGACGGAAGCCAGCUGGAUGGAUGAGUCCAUGACCCCCUCCUCAUGCCCUGGGACCCCUGACGUUGCCCUGGACCUUCCCCUGCUACAGGCGCCCAGUAUAGACAGAGUCUCAGCAACAGGACAUAUAAAAUCGGUGAUUAGGCGCACUAAAGAGACUCCCAAUGUGCAUCCAAUGUAUCGAGAUGGACACCUGCGCAGGAAGAUGGGACCCAUCAUUGUAAACAAGAACUCUUCUCAGGACCGUCUCAUAGAGGAGCUUCAGGGUAAGUUUGGGAUCAGCCGCUCAGAGCGGCGCCACAAACAAUCGGAUGAAUGGCUAACCGAGGGGGUCGUCGUCACAUCUAAACCCCAGCGUUUCCAUCCUGAGGGAUCGGGCAUUGAGGUCGACAAGAUCAUAAUUCCUCCUGAGUCACCUGUCCCUGUCAGGAAGGUUCUCACACCCCUCUCUCCCCCUAACUCUUGUCACCCCACUGUUGUAGAAGAACCUAAGAGACCACUCCCAGUACAGCACCCCCCUAUCCCAAUACCACCACCACUUCCUCCACCUACCUCCUUUAAUUCACAAGCUACCCGUGCUCAGGAACCGCUUCUUCUUCCUCAGCAAAUUACAAAAGCCUCACCACCACCAGUGCCCAUUCAGGACCUUCCUAUCCCUAAUCCAGAACCCCCUCCUCCUGUUGUGAGUACCCCAAACCAUCCACCACCAGUGGAGCCAGUACAACCAGCUGCACCCAAAGUCUUGGUAUCUGUAGGCUGCCAGACAGAGUAUGACCCUUUCUUCCCUUCAAUGCAGAUUAUGGCCCAGGGAAAGGCUGGUGUUCCAGGUGGGCCACCAACACAGGUCAACAAGCUGGACAACAUGCUUGGUAGCCUCCAGUCUGACCUCAACAAACUGGGGGUGCAGACCGUUGCUAAAGGAGUCUGUGGUGCCUGCUGUAAGCCAAUUGUGGGACAGGUGGUGACUGCCAUGGGCCGGACAUGGCACCCAGAGCACUUUGUGUGUACACACUGUCAGGAGGAGAUAGGCUCCAGGAACUUCUUUGAGCGGGAAGGACAGCCUUACUGUGAGAAAGAUUACCACAAUCUGUUCUCUCCACGAUGCUACUACUGCAACGGGCCCAUACUGGAUAAAGUUGUGACGGCGUUGGAUCGGACGUGGCAUCCUGAACACUUCUUCUGUGCUCAGUGUGGAUCCUUCUUCGGCCCAGAGGGUUUUCAUGAAAAGGAUGGAAAGGCAUACUGCAGGAAGGAUUACUUUGAUAUGUUUGCACCAAAAUGUGGCGGCUGUGCCAGAGCCAUCCUGGAGAACUACAUCUCUGCCCUCAACUGUCUUUGGCAUCCAGAGUGUUUUGUUUGCAGAGAGUGUUUUACCCCAUUUGUGAACGGAAGCUUCUUUGAGCACGAUGGCCAGCCGUACUGUGAGGUGCACUACCACGAACGUCGUGGCUCCCUCUGCUCCGGCUGUCAGAAGCCCAUCACAGGGCGCUGCAUCACAGCCAUGUCCAAGAAGUUCCACCCGGAGCACUUUGUCUGUGCCUUCUGCUUGAAACAGCUUAACAAGGGCACUUUCAAAGAGCAAAAUGACAAACCCUACUGUCAGGGCUGUUUCAUCAAACUGUUCAGUUAGAGUGUUUGGGUGGAAAGCUUAUCACAGAUCCACUUUUACAGUAGGUCAGAGCUUUGAGCAGAAUCUGAAUUAGAAUGCGUUGCAAAAAUAUGUAUUACCUUCUGAACCUUUUUAUAUUUUGUAAUGUUACAACCACAACCAUCAGUGUGUUUCCUUUGGAUUUUAUGUUAUUCACCAAAACAAAGUAGGACAUAAUUCUAAAGUUUAAGGAAAUUGAUACACACUUUUCAACUUUUUUACAAAUAACAGUCACAAUAAAAAAGUGUAGCAUGCAUUUGCCACACUCAGCCCCACUAAGUCCAUAUUUUGUAGAACCACCUUUUGCUGCAACUACCAAAUCUGUCUGGGUCUGUCUCUCUUUCAUCCAGAGAAUGAAAUGUUUUGCCAAUUCUUUUACAAAUAGCUGAAGCUCAGUCAUAUUAUAUCAGUCUUUAAGCCUCUGAACGAUUCUCAGUUUGCUUUGGGCCUGGACUUUAACUGGACCAUUCUAACACAUAAACAGGCCUUGACUUAAACCAAUCCAUUGUAACUCUGGCUGUAUUUUUCAGGUUGUUAACCUCCUUCCAUGAUUGCGUUGUAUUUAGCUCCAUCCAUCUUCCUGAUAACUGAUCAACGUCCCUGUUCCUGGCCCAGAUUAUGAUGCCACCACCACCACUUUGCUUUGUCUCAUGAAUUUCAUUUUAGCAAACUACAAUGGAGCAGAAUACAUGUACACAUAAUACUUUUCAGAUUUGUAUCUGUCCAAAAACGUUUUAAAUUGUUCUCAUUUGAUCCACUUCCCAAUUUCUCACUGCUUCGAGUUAAUCUAUCACAUAAUGUUCUGCUAAAUAUGCACUGCAGUUUGCGGUUGUGACAAAAUGUGAAAAUGUUCACAGGGUGUGAAUACUUUUGUAAAGCGUUGUCUUAGUGGUGUAACGUGAAAAGAAGAGUUGUCCUCUGGUGAUGAUGGAAGUAUGCGUAGACUGAAUGUGUGCAUAUUGUUUAGGCAGAAUACUGCUUUCACUGUUCCACUGACAGUAGCAUUUUUAAACUGGCUUUAGUUGUCAGGAAAUCUGACACAUAUUCAGCAUUUAAAUGGUCUCGUAAACCUUUAUAAAUACCAGAAAUGUGCCAUUUUCCAUACCGAAGAGGCAGAAGAAAACAUCACUUCUCUCCCUGUUUCCUCGUAUGUUUGGAAAAUGUCUGUCGUCCCUUCAGGUAAACCUAAAAUCUUUGUGUAUGUAAACCUUUAUGGUUUCUAUUAUUUUAAAAUGUAGUCGAUCCAGACUGGAGGAGAUACUGAAAUUCAUAAAGUAAUGUGUUUGACAA